UAUCAGAGUGGUGGCUAUGAAGUGGAGCUUUUUGUAGACCCCCCAGACCAUGACCUUAUCUGUAUCAUAUGCAAAGGGGUUCUACGCUGCCCUGUGCGUGUGGCAUGUAACCAUAUCUUUUGCAAGAAGUGCAUUUUGCUGUGGAUGCGGAGACAGGAAACAUGCCCAUGCUGCAGGAAGCCUGUCAGCCAGCGCCUUAUAUUUAUUAUGUUCAAGCUCAGUAAAUCCAUUGGCCGUUUACCAAUCAAGUGCCGAAACGAGCAGCAGGGUUGCACAGCCACCUUCCCUCUCUCAGAGCAGUACCUCCACAGCUCCACAUGUCCAUUCGAGUGGCUGCUGUGCCCACAACAGGGCUGUGGAACUAGGACACUGAGAAAAGAAGCCCAGGCACAUGCUCAGGUCUGCAGCUACUGGAAGCAGCUGUGCCCGAUGGGUUGUGGCACGCUCCUGAACCGUUCUACAGAGGCCGAGCACAACUGCUAUAGAGAGCUGCAGGAGCGCUAUGAGACCCAGCGACAGACACAGCGAACCAUUGCCUCUGCACUGCGCAGGAAAAUGCAACGCAUGCAAAGCCGUAUGGCCAACAUGACUCAACAGAUCAACCUGAUCUGCGAAAGCCUGGAGCUCAGAGAGAACCUGGAAGAAGGACAGGAGGAGGAAAGUCCUGCUGAGGGAACCAGCACAGGAAGAAGCUUCAGAGACAGCCAAAGGCCCAUCACAUUCAAUAGCUCCUGCAGCAGCAGCUCUUAA